GUGAGCAUUAGGUCAAGUGGUAGCUCGGCUCUCUUUGUAUAUAAAGCCAUAAUGGCCGCUGUGUAUAAUCCUUAAGUUGAAUGGGAUACAAAGUUAUGUUUUCAUCUUCUUCCUCAUAUCUUAUAUGAUUCACAAGAAACACAAAGAUGUGUGGCCUUACGCACCUCAUCGUCUUCGUCUCCAUAUUUGCAGCCAUAACUCUGAUAUCAGAAGCCCAAUACAUUCUCCCGAUCUUCAAACACGAACCCUCCAAACAAUAUUACACACUUAUCUACAUCGGAUCCGCCACAACGUCUUCUCCCGUUAACCUCCUCCUCGAUCUAGGAACCAACCUCACGUGGCUCAACUGCCGCAACAUCAAAUCUUUAUCAUCACUCCGCCUCGUUACAUGCGAGAGCUACACCUGCAAAUUCAUCACCGGCACUACUGGCUGCGAUGGAAAAAUCUGUCUUUACCGUGAACCAAGUCCUUUCCUCCUCACAAACCACACUGUGACCAAAACCGACCGUGUCGUUCAAGACAAAGCCACCAUCUUCACUACAGAGAACGGAGUACCACCGUCCAUUGUCUCUUUCCGCCCCUUCACAUUCUCCUGCGCCGUCCAGAGUAACCUCCAAGGCAUUGCCUCCCCGAUCUCCGGAGUUAUUGGUCUUUGUUCGGGAGAGCACCCGUUCUGGAGACAGGUGUCGUCAGCGUUUAACGUCAUCCCGAAGUUCGCUCUCUGCUUGCCUUCUUCCCGCGUCGGUAAAUUCUACAUGGGCGCCACAAGUUCCUUUAAUACCCCGCUGUUCGGUGGAAAUAAUCCCGUUCCCAUGACUUUGACGCCGUUGACCCUUGUCUCGGGAAAAUAUCUAAUCUCUGUCACGUCGAUCUACGUUGACGGAAUCCAUUUACCGGUUAACCCAAGUUUGCUUGAGGGUGGAGCCAAGCUCAGCACGGUGGUCCCUUACACCGUACUACAAACCGAUAUCUACGAUGCUCUUGCUCAGUCUUUUACGUUUAACGCAGCGAGAAAAGGAAUGUCUGAGACCACAGGACAUGCACCAUUUAAACACUGUUUUGAAGAAGGCGCUUCCGGAAAGAACAUAGAUGUGUCUAUGAUGGAGAUUGGGCUGCCAGGGAAUGGAAAGGAGGUGAAGUGGAGGUUUCAAGGUGCCAAUAUAGUGGAAAGGGUGUCCGAGACAGUGAUUUGUUUGGCGUUCGUCGACGGAGGAAACAAACCUAAUGAGUUCAUGGUCAUUGGGACACAUCAGCUUCAAGACUAUUUGAUCGAAUUUGAUUUUAGCACCAGGCGAUUGGCUUUUAGUGAUCCACUUUCACUCCAUAACACUAGCUGCUCCACGUAGCUUUCCCAGAAAUAAAAUCAAUCAUCACACACGACACUAAGAGAUCAUCUUUGCCAUUUCAGCUUUUACUUGUGUGUUACAAUUAAAAAAAUUGAAUAAAUUUAUCGACUUUUUCUUUUAAAUGUAUCGUUUAUUUUCCUUUCUUAUAAGUUAAUAUUCCCACAAUGUUUAAGAAUUGUGCACAUUUAUUAAUAAUUGUGAGACUUGCAAAGUUUUUUAGUUAUUUUCCAGAAAUUGGACAUGCUAAUUCAAAUAUAUAUAUUAACAAUUUAUUUUUCUUCUCUUUCCCAACUAUUUCAUUGUUUAUUUACCAAUUUAAGCAUCAGUCAUACACAUCAUCUACCUAAUCUCAUUUUAAACUAAUAAUCUAAAAGUGGAUAUUGUAAAGUAAGAGAGAGCUUUAGGUUAAAACUGGAUAAUCUUAUUCCAUGGAGGUUGAUCUCUUUAUAUACAUAUUCUCUACAAGAUGUACUGAUUAUUACAAGAGAGAUAUGGAAGAUAUACAAAUAUCUUU